UAGUAGCAUGUGUGUAACAUCAGGCAUGAUGCUUCGUGACAGUGUCUGAUACCAACUACUGAUAGAAAGAAAUCCUCAGUCUUUCCGAUCGAGUUUAUAGAAGCGUUGACACAGAUGUAGUUGAACAUGUAAGUGAUUCCAAACCUAGCGCCAAAAGCUUGGGAUAUCGUUGUCCUUGAACAGCACGUUCAAGGGUAUUGUCAUAAGCUACCGAUAAUCACAAAUCAUAAAGUGUUUUUUAAUUAUUACUGUGGAGGAGUUUAAGCUCCGAUCCCACACAAGGCACGACUCAAAUGGUACAUAUUCUCAUUUGAAAUGACAAGGAGAAAGGGCCUAGAUGACUCCAACGAUAUCUGCAGAAAGUAUCACAGGAAAACUAAGUCGUUGUUCUGCGUGGCGUUUUAGGGAAUGGGGGGCAAGAAAAGGGUUGUAGCACGAAAUGCACGCACGUUACAUCGUGGAGCACGAAAGGAGCGUUAUCUUGGCUAAUAUCAUGUGUUUAUGUUUCUGGACUUUAUAUAAUAGUGUCAAAUGAGUUCCGUUUUGAUGUCUGCUCAAAAUGGAAACCCAGCUGACAAGCCAAGCCCUGGAAUGCUGCGAUAAGUAGCUCGUUUAGCGAUACUGUACCCACGCCUCAGUUAAAACACACAUCACUUGUGUGUGCAGCUCAUUACACAGCAGCCAGCCAUGGAGUCCACAAUAACAGCAAAGCCUUGUAGCAACCAAGGGAAAAAGAAACCUAGGAGGCGAGGACCUCGCUUGACUGGAGUCAGCCGGCAGAGGAGAAUGGCCAAUGCACGUGAGAGAUGCCGGGUGCAAACUCUCAACGCGCACAUUGAGAGACUCCGUGAUUUAAUUCCACUUUUUCCUGGAGAGAAGAAGCCCUCGAAAACAGAGACCAUCCGAUUGGCUGCUGUGUACAUCUCCUGCCUGACAGAUAUUCUGGAGACGACGCCUGAAGGUCUGGAGAGAAUCGCUACCGAGGAGCUUAUUCCAACUUUCCCAAGCCUUGACGACAAUUUGAGUCUUGCAGGUCUUCCAAAGUUAUUGUUUGAACCAUUCUCUGACAAUGAAGACAACUUGUUGGACCUGGACCUCGGGGAAUACAUUUGGGAGGAUUACGAGUAGCGUGCCCUUACCUCUCCAAGAUACACGAACUGCAGGACAGUUGUAUUUCAAAUCUUUCAUCCACAUAUGACAAGCCACUUAUCGGUGAAAUUAUCACCUAUUCUAUCAAGUACAAAGCACGGGGGACUAUCCUCGGAAUGUGAACAUAUUGCACACAAUGGUUGUCGGUGCUGGGCCAACUGAUGAGGCAACUAGUUUCAAUGAUUCGUCCAUCGGGUUCAAACACAGAUUUAGACAAAAAGGAAGCUAUCCAAGGCAACUUUUGAUUUUUUAAGCCACGAAGGCCUCAUGUAUCGAAUCGUUUUUAAUCGUUAACGUCAUAUAAGGACGGAUAUACUCGUGUACAUUUAUCACAGACCUUUCUAAGAUACAACGUUCGUGAAAUACGAUUUUGAAUUCUUAACGGUUGAGUUAUUGAGGAUUUUAUUGUCAGCAAAAUACUACAAUUUCAUUACACUUAUACAUUCGUGAAGAAAAAAGUGUCUAUUUGUUUGAUUAUACAAACACAAAUUGAAUACUUUGUUAAAAUGUUAUAUUAAAUAAACAACUGAUAAAAUGUUUAGAGAAUAUAUUUGCAUUCAUUGGUG